UGCUGCUGGGUGCUGCUGCUGUGCUGCUGCUGUUGGUGGUGCGGAGGUGCGGACCGUGAAGCGGCCGGAGUGAAUCUGGCCGGAGUGUGUCAGUCGGUUGGUGAAUCCUGUCGGCGUUGCUCGGCGCACAUUGCACGUUGCGAGUGUAUGAUACUGCGGCGGCGGCGGCGAGCCGAUAGCGAGCCGAUAGCGCAAGCCGUGAGUCAGAGAUCGGUAGCCGACGAAGGUGAAGAGGGUGCGGUGCCGUCUGCAGCGGGCUCCUCCGCUGCUCCAUCUCGUCGUCGUCGGUGUCGGCGAGUGUCUGCUGAUCGCACGCUACUGGUCCAUGUGCUCUGCUGACUAAAAUGCUCAUCAAGGAAUUCCGUGUCACUCUGCCCCUCACAGUGGAAGAGUACCAAGUAGCUCAACUGUAUUCUGUAGCAGAGGCUAGUAAAAAUAAUACAGGCGGCGGAGAAGGCAUUGAAGUAUUGAAGAAUGAGCCGUUUACGGAUUAUCCGUUACUCGGUGGAAAGUAUUCAUCAGGCCAAUAUACAUAUAAGAUUUAUCACUUAGCUAGUAAAGUGCCUGCUUUUAUUCGCAUUUUACUGCCAAAGAACUCGUUGGAGAUCCACGAAGAGGCUUGGAACGCUUAUCCCUAUUGUAAGACAGUCAUAACUAAUCCAGGGUAUAUGAAGGACAAUUUCGUGAUCAUGAUAGAAUCCUUUCAUAUCGGCGAUGUCGGCAAUCAGCAUAACGUGCACGAAUUGCCGCCCGAUAAGCUUAAAAUCAGAGAGGUAGUGCAUAUAGAUAUUGCCAAUGAUCCGGUCGCCAGUGCCGAUUACAAGGAGGACGAGGAUCCGUCUAAAUUCAAGUCCCAGAAGACGGGACGGGGCCCACUCGUCGGGAAAGACUGGAAGCAUAAUGUUCAACCUGUGAUGACGUGCUACAAGCUAGUCACCUGUGAAUUCAAAUGGUUCGGUCUGCAGACUCGCGUCGAAGGAUUCAUUCAGAAGGCGGAACGCCGCCUGUUCACCAAUUUCCAUAGACAAGUGUUCUGCUGGAUAGAUCGUUGGUACGGUUUAACUAUGGAGGAUAUUAGAGCAAUUGAAGACAAUACGAAAGAAGAAUUAGACAGGCAAAGACAUCAAGGUGAAGUACGGGGUAUGCGAGCUGACGAUUGAGGCUUCGAUAGCUUCUAUUAUGAACGGUUAAAUCAAUUUCCUUAUACAUGUACACACAAAUACAGACGCAUACCUACAGAUGUACACCCUGUUACGCUCUGUCAUAGACGAUUCCACAGGAUUCGGACGAUUUCUGGAAUUUACGUGUCUAUAGAUUCAGUGUCUAUUACAAAUUACUUACUAUUUUAAUUUAUUUUACAUUUACAAGCGUUUUAGAUAAAUGUAUCUACAGUCAAAGAUUAUUAUAAUGUAGUUAUUAUUAUAAAAAAAAAGAGACAAACGAAAGGAAUCAGAAUUAUCUGGUUCUCUUGUUUAAUGCAUAAUUAUAAAAAGAAUCUGGUUUCGUGAAAACCAUCAUAGAUAAAAAAAAAAUUAUGAUUACUUAACAGCAGUUCGUAGUUCGAUAAUAAUAGAUAUUGGAGUUCAAUUAACGAACAAAAUGCUUGCUGCGAGGAGUACAUAAAGAAAAAAAAAACAAAGGAAAAUAUGUGAUUUAACAUCGCGAGUUUGAUCGUAGUUAAAUAGUUAAAAAUUCCACAGUUUAAUAUAUUAAUGUACAAUUGAAAAUCUAAAUGUUGCAUAUUAACGAUCUGUAUUUCGAACUAUUAUUUCGACCGAAAGUGUAAUGUAUUAGAUCGUGUAUUUUCGAAAGAAGAAAAAGCAGAGUAGUAUUUUCUCAAUUCUACGAAAGUGUAUAUGUGAUCAGGAAGCUCGAUUCGAAAAAACUUUAUAAGAAUCUUCAAUGUGUAUCUAUAGUUAUUUCGUGGAAUUCUCGAUGAUUCCGCGAGGCAAGGUACUACGGUAGAUUUCAACCUACAAUGUUCCUCUAUUCUUUCGUUCCGUUCGUUAUCGACGAGCGCGAGACGUGUAUAUGUAUCUAUAUCCCCUAAAAAGUUAGGACCAAACUGAUGGAUUUUUUAAUUAUACUGCGAUGCUAACAGUAACGUAUUAACAUACUACUCUAAAUUGUUUACUGACGACGGGAGGGGAGAGGUGAUGUAUUCUAUGUAAAGUGCUCACACUGAUAUACAUAUACACACAUAUGUAGAGAAACAGAGUUUAGGCUAUUUCAAUAUUGGUGACAGCGGGUGAAUGACGAAAGGGUGCGUUAUUGUAUAUAUAUAUAUAAAAAAAAGAAAAAGAGGUAUACACACAAUGAAAUUCAAAUUAUAUAUAUAUAAUGUUUCUUUGCAUUCCAAUGGAUCUCUGAGUACAACCGACGAAGUAUUCUGGGACGCUGCUCGUAACUCAUUACAGACUGUUAAAUUAUCCUCAAAUUUUAAGUCUUUCAAAUUUUAAGUCUAUUAUACGGUGAUGAGAAAAAACAUCAUGACGAUAAAAAAAGAUAAUUAGAGACAAGAUAUCUUAAAGUUUGUUUUGAAAAUAAUUAUAUUUAUUUUCGCUAAAUCGAAUCCUCAAAUGAGAGUAAAGAGUCUUUUAAUGGGUUGUACACUAACGUGUAAUCGCAGCAGCGUUCUUACCUAGCGAUAGGAUCUCUAAUUAAAUAUACGAGUGAAGAUUGAAAAAACAAUAAUGGAGUAUAUAAUUUAACUGUCAUCUGCACAAAGUAAAUGUAUUCUCUGUAUUUUCUCGUUGGAAGGCAUGUAGUCUAAGGUAGCUUUUAUCUUCGUAUUCACGUACGAAGUAUGUGGUAGCCACGACGGUGCACACAGUAUUUGUACUCAAUGUACCGGACAUACAUACGAGAAACAGAGAAAACUGGACAUGUAUUUAUUCGCCAUUUUAUCGACGAGGGAAAACCGAUCGAAAUAAGGCACAUCUGUGUCGUUCAAACAAGCUCGUAACUUUAAUGGAAUCCGCCUUUGUUCCACGACUGCGACUCAUUCGUUUUGUUAAGACAUGAGAGUUUCUCACACACGUACGCGAGUUUACAUUACACCUGUUAUCCUACGAUAAUAGUUACUUAAAUAGAUAGGCUCUAGCUGUUCCUAGACAUGCGACAAGCAGGGUAGAGAAGAGUCGUGGAUAUAGAGAGAAAAAAAAGGAGAGGAAGAAAAAAUUCCGUAUCGCUGCCAAAGGGCUAACAGUGAAAUACCAGAUGAGUAUGUGUAUGUGUAUAUAUGUAUAUAUGCACGUGUAUAAUGCGUUUCCUUUUCUUGCAUACAUACGUAUAUACGUACGUGUAUGUGCAUGUGUGUGCGCGUAUGUGCGUAUGUCUCGAUCCAGUCAAGUAUUUAGUCAAGAGUUAAUAAAAUUAGAAGGCAUAGCAUAUGAAA